UCUAAAACUUACACUAACGGUUACGUCUAUGUAGCCACGUCAACAGCGCAGACAGACCACAUGAAAAUAUUCACAUUGUUUUGAGGCUAAAAUAUAGAUCUAAAAUCUACAUCUAAGUAAUAAUCGAACGAAAUACAUCAACAAAUACAAUUGAACAAAGAUACUAGUUGUUUGAUACAGAAAACUCUGAAGCUUCACACUUAUUAAAAUAUUUUUUUUGAAAAGAGAAACUGGUUUCUACUACUACAUGUUCCAUUCUUGACGUUUUACUGUGCCAGGUUAUACAUAGUCUUUGGAAGGCCAAGUCUUGGUGACAAAUAGAAGGUCGUCUUGAUUUUAGCCUAUACAAAGAAUGAAUGUCAACAUGACACUAGAGCUCACCUCCUGAAUCUCAAUUAGUGAUGGUAUCACUCUUAAUUCACCGUUAUGGCGGAAUCUGACAAAAAUUCCAUCUCAGUAACAAUUUCGAAAAUCUCCAGCGUUGAACCAGACAUUCUGAAUAGUGUACACAAAACUGAUGGACUCGAUGGAGAAUUACAAAAUGCAGGUAUCCUGCAUGAUACCCGUACUCCCAGGCGAUACUGGAGCAGAGAGCUUUUAAUGAGCAAAGUGGAUGGACAAAGAAGUACUGCGAACAUAACGCUCGACGCGGGGAGACUCAAACGAGAUUUGAGUACUGCGAACGCAGAUAAACCCAAGCGAGACUUGAGUACUGCGAACGCGGAUAAACUCAAGCGAGACUUGAGUACUGUGAACGUGCAUAAACUUAAUAGAGAUUUGAGUACUGCGAACGCAGAUAAACCCAAGCGAGACUUGAGUACUGCGAACGCAGAUAAACCCAAGCGAGACUUGAGUACUGUGAACGUGGAUAAACUCAAGCGAGACUUGAGUACUGCGAACGCAGAUAAACCCAAGCGAAACUUGAGUACUGUGAACGUGGAUAAACUCAAGCGAGACUUGAGUACUGCGAACGCAGAUAAACCCAAGCGAGACCUGAGUACUGCGAACGCGGAUAAACUCAAGCGAGAUUUGAGUACUGCGAGCGCGGAUAAACUCAAGCGAGACCUGAGUACUGCGAACUGGGAUAAACUCAAGCGAAACUUGUGUACUGCGAACGCGGAUAAACUCAAGCGAGACUUGAGCAGCAGUUCGAAGAUAAAGCACAUAAACAAUGGGCCCAAAGAGUUCAAAUCCAUGACCACAAACAGCAUCUUCAGCCCUAGUGAAUCUUCAGGUACUGGAAGUUUAACCGACUCAGAUAAUUGGGACUCUUUAAGCUCCGUCUCUUCCACAAGCCCUUGCACCCCCAGCUCAUUCAAGUGUGAAAUGUGCCAUCGUCUGUCUCUGAAGCAGAUUAAGCUCAAGGAGCGUCACCAGGCUCUACUCAAAAAGCUAAAGGCCCACAAAAAAACAUCACAUCGUGUUACUGAGUCAGAUUCGGAUGCGCCACUCAUAGCAAAGUCUCAAUCUGUUUGCAGCAGAACCAAGUUGCUUAGUCCCAGCAAUGAGGCAGCCAAGGGUUUUAACAGCGCGUCCAAGUGUAACAUACCGUUUUUUGAGAACGCAAAGGACAUUUCCUUCACGCCAAAGCCUACAGUCAGAAGGUUAGUCGGGAAAGAAGCCAAGCGUAUUGGGACGAAGCUGGACAGUUCCAACAUACAAUAUAUUCUAAGUGAUGAUUCACAUUAACUCUGCCCAUGACAUUUAAAGGCAGAGAUCUGCCCAUGACAUUUAAAGGCAGAGAAACUUUGGCUAUCACUAUCAUAUUGACUUGCUCAAUUAAUAUAUAAAGCAUUGUAGUGUAACAUCAUACUAUUGUCUAACAUCAUCUGGAAACAAAAACUAAAAUAUCAA